AUCAUAUACAACGUAGAAGCCGUGCUUUCAAUAAUUAUCAUUAUAUGCAAGAUAGAUCAUACAUAUCUAGGUACUGUAAGACCAAAAUAGACCUCGCUUUUGUGAUUGAUACCUCCAGAAGUAUUCCACAUGAUGACUUUACACGACAAAUACGUUUUAUUGAAGACAUUGUCAGAUUUCUUGAUGUCGGUCCAGACGCCACACGCGUUGCAUCUGUUGCAUUUAGUAAUCAUAACUUCCCAGAAUUUGGGUUUAACAAUUUUUCAAGAAAGCAAGACGUAAUAAAUGCAAUCAAAAGAAUUAAACAUUCUCGGGGUGACGCCACCAGGACAUAUCUUGCUUUGGAAUACACGCACUUUAACAUUUAUGGACGAAGUAAUGGAGAAAGACUGGAUGUACCAGAUGUCGUAAUUGUUUUAACAGACGGGAAAACAAAUCCGGGCAGCUAUGAUACGUAUGGCGAUGAAAGUGGAAAGCAACAAACACAGAUAGAGGCUGCCAUCAUUAAGGCUAGACCAGCGUUUAUAUUUGUCAUCGGAGUCGGAAGUCUUGUAGAUAUUGACGAACUAAACGGCAUGUCAAGUAAUCCAGACGAAGAAUUCACGAUCCAAGUUUCCUCUUUUGAAGUGUUAAAUACAGAUACUGUCAAACGGACGUUAUUAUCGAGAGUGUGUGUUGCUGUAGGAACCACUAUUCCACAACCAAUUUUGACUACACCCUCAAAUAACAUACCGGACAGACCAAACAGAUACAGAUAUUGUCAGACUAAAGUAGACCUAGCUUUUGUGGUUGAUACAUCAAGAAGUAUACCACAUAUAGACUUUACACGACAAAUACGUUUUAUUGAAGAUAUUGUCAGCUUUCUGGACGUAGGUCCAGACAAAACACGGGUUGCAUCUGUGUCAUUUAGUAAUUAUAACUUCCCAGAAUUUGGUUUCAACAAUCUUUCAAGAAAGCAAGACGUAAUGAAUGCAAUCAAAGGAAUUAAACAUUCUCAAGGUGACGCCACCCGGACAUAUCUUGCUUUGGAAUACACGCAUUUAAACAUUUACGGACCUGGUAAUGGAGAAAGACCGGAUGUAGCAGAUGUCGUAAUUGUUUUAACAGACGGGAAAACAAAUCCGGGCAGCUAUGAUACAUAUGGCGAUGAAAGUGGAAAGCAACAAACACAGAUCGAGGCUGCCAUCAUGAAGGCUAGACCAGCUUUCAUAUUUGUUAUCGGAGUCGGAAGUCUUGUAGAUAUUGACGAAUUGAACGGCAUUUCUAGUAAUCCAGAUGAAGAAUUCACGAUACAAGUUUCCUCUUUUGAAGCGCUAAAUACAGAUACUGUAAAACGAACGUUAUUAUCGAGAGUUUGCGUUGCUGUAGGGACAACUACUCCACAACCAAUUUUAACCACAAGUUUCAUACCGCCCAGACCGUACUGUCAGACUAAGGUAGACCUCGCUUUUGUGGUUGAUACAUCAAGAAGUAUACCACAUAUAGACUUUACACGACAAAUACGUUUUAUUGAUGAUAUUGUUAGCUUUCUCGACGUCGGCCCGGAUAAGACACGAGUUGCAUCUGUGUCAUUUAGUAAUUAUGGCUUUCCAGAAUUUGGAUUCAAUAAUUUUUCUAGAAAACAAGACGUGUUAAAGUCAAUCGAAAGAAUUGACCAUUCUCAGGGUGACGCCACCAGAACAUACCUUGCUCUGGAAUAUACACACUUAAUACUUUACGGACCUGGUAAUGGAGAAAGGCCGGAUGUCGCGGAUGUCGUUAUUAUUUUAACAGACGGAAAAACAAAUCCGGGCAGCUAUGAUAAAUAUGGCGACGAGAGUGGAAAGCAACAAACACAGAUCGAGGCUGCCAUCAUUAAGGCUCGACCAGCUUUCGUAUUUGUUAUCGGAGUUGGAAAUCUUGUAGAUAUUGACGAAUUGAACGGCAUUUCUAGUAAUCCAGAUGAAGAAUUCACGAUCCAAGUUUCCUCUUUUGAAGCGUUAAAUACAGAUACUGUCAAACGAACUUUAUUAUCGAGAGUUUGUUACGCUGUAGGGACAACUACCCCACAACCACAACCAUAUAUAAGUACACCCAUACCACCAUCACCACCUUGUCGCCGGGCAGUCGCCGACAUUUUCUUCAUUGCUGAUAGCUCGACAAGUAUAGGUAUCACUGCUUUCAACGAUUUGAAGAGAUUUGCAAAAUCUGUUGUGAAUAGGUUUACAAUUGGUCCUGACCACAUAAAGAUUGGUCUCAUUACAUUUUCUGAUGAUGCAGAAAUACAAUUUACACUAAAUACGUACCGUAGAAAGUCUGAUGUUAUAAAUGCUGUCUUAAAUAUUCCAUACAUUACUGGCAUUACCAAUACACAUAAAGCCCUACAACUGCUUGAUAAUUAUGGAUUUACGAGAGCUAGUGGCGGACGAGGAAACACAGUCCCUAAGAUUGCAAUCGUUGUUACAGACGGAGCGUCAACUAAACCAUUGCGUACGAAAAUGCAAGCAAUUAAGGCAAAAAAUCAAGGAAUUAUCAUGUUUGCAAUAGGGGUUGGACCAUACAUUAAUCAGCAAGAAUUGGAUAUCAUGGCGUCCAGUCCUAAAUCAAAGUAUUCGUUUUCUGUAGACAACUAUGCUGCUCUUUCGUCAAUCGAAAGUUCAUUAGCUAGAAGGAUAUGUAUUGCUGUAGGGACAACUACCCCACAACCAAAACCAUAUAUAAGUACACCCAUACCACCGUCACCACCCUGUCGCCGAGCAGUGGCCGACAUUUUCUUCAUUGCUGAUAGCUCGACAAGUAUAGGUAUCACUGCUUUCAACGAUUUGAAGAGAUUUGCAACAUCUGUUGUGAAUAGGUUUACAAUUGGUCCAGAUCACAUAAAGAUUGGUCUCAUAACAUUUUCUGAUGAUGCAGAAAUACAAUUUACACUAAAUACGUACAGUAGAAAGUCUGAUGUUAUAAAUGCUGUCUUAAAUAUUCCAUACAUUACUGGCAUUACCAAUACACAUAAAGCCCUACAACUACUUGAUAAGUAUGGAUUUACGAGAGCUAGUGGCGGACGAGGAAACACAGUCCCUAAGAUUGCAAUCCUUGUUACAGACGGAGCGUCAACUAAACCAUUGCGUACGAAAAUGCAAGCAAUUAAGGCAAAAAAUCAAGGAAUUAUCAUGUUUGCAAUAGGGGUUGGACCAUACAUUGAUCAGCAAGAAUUGGAUAUCAUGGCGUCCAGUCCUAAAUCAAAGUAUUCGUUUUCUGUAGACAGCUAUGCUGCUCUUUCGUCAAUUGAAAGUUCAUUAGCUAGGAGGACAUGUAUUGCUGCAUUGCAUAGGAAUCCAUGACUACACAAACUACAGUAAUACAUAGUAUGAUGACUUGGAUAUAAAUGAGAUUGAGGUAUACAGUCAUGAAAUUAUAUGGAACAUUUUAUGUAAGAAUCCUGUGUCAGUGGUUCCUGUUCUUACUAUUUUGAUUUUGAAAUUCAAUAUGUAUCACUUGCAAAAUGAAAUGUUUUAUUCAUUGCAAAAUGAAAUGCUCUUAUUCAUUGCAAAAUGAAAUGUUUUUAUUUAUUGCAAAUUGAAAUGUUUUAUUCAUUGCAAAAUUUUGUAACUUUUGAACGUAUGUUUAUCUAUUUGUACAUAUUAGUCAAUAUGUCAAUACGCUUCAACUUCUUACUUGAAUUGGCAUUUAACUAUUUUGAUAUGAGCGUCCUUGAUGAGUCUUUUGUAGACGAAACGCGCGUUUGGUUUUCAAAAUUUUAAUCUUGGUAUCUAUGACGAGUUUAUUGACAUUUGUUCACGAAUUUUUAACGUAAAGGUAUUUUUAUAGAGGCACAAUUAGCACACUUUUUUUAUGAAUAUGCACGUUCUGUUACGUCAUAUUUAUGAAUUGAAAAUUAUAUGCAUUAAAUUUCGCACCAUGUGUAACAAAAAUUAAUGACAAAGUAUCUUCGCACACUUCUAAAAAAUACAUUUCCGAUAUUUUUCUACAUGUAAACUAAGGCUCCGUGUUGAAGACCGUACUGUGACCUAUAAUAGUUUACUUUUAUAAAUUUUGACUUGGAUGGAGAGUUGUCUCAUUGGCACUCAUACCACAUCUUCUUAUAUCUAUAAACGUUAGUUUUCUCAAUUGAAUUGUUUCAUAUUUUUCAUGUCGGGGCCUUUUAUCAGUGGAAAAUCUAAUGAACGAAAACAAAAGAAAAUUCACUCUUCUUAUUAUAGAGUCGAGAAAGUCAAUAAUAAAACAAUGCCGGUGACGAUAGUGAUCAAAAGUUAUUUCUAAAUAAUAAUUGUACAUUUCAAAAAAAAUAUUUGUUAAACUGUGUUAUAAGAAAUAUACAUGCAAAUACACUAUGUUUUAUGUUCGGUAUUUAUCCAGAUAAUUGCAUUAGAAGCUAGUGAAACUGAAAUAUAAAAAAAUGCCAAUCCUUGCUGCAUAUUGAUUAAAAAAUUGAAGAAAAUCAUGUACAUACAAAAUGUUAAGAUCCUUCAGGUCACCAAUUUUCGGAGUGUUCCACAAAGUCCUUAGCAUGUUACAAUUUCUCAAAGUUUACUUAUUUUUUCACACCUAAGUUAUUGAGCACACCGGUCUGCUCUUGUCACAUGUACACCCAAUAGAGAAAUAUUGUCUUUUCGUGAAUAUGAAAAUUAAAGUCUGUCUAUGCAGGUUCAGAAAUUAAAGAUAAAUAUUCUAAUAAAGUAGGUAUCUUUCUACUAUUUUCUAUAAAAAAUUAAGAAAUGGUCGUCUCGAUUUUUGUACAUGUAUUUGCGGUCUUCUCGAUCUAUUCACAUUCAAUGUUUACAUCGAGAUAAGGUCCGUUUGAAUUUGCUCAGUAACUUAAUUCCAAAAGUGCCAAUCUUUGCUGCAUAUCAAUCGAUUCCUUUGGAAUUUUUUCCCUGACUUUCUCUGAUCUAGCUGUAUACAUAUACGGAUAAUUAGCAUGUUCCAGAGAGGUAUACAGCCAGUAGAAAAAUAAAUAGAAGUUAGUACUCCAGGACUUUAUUAGCGUUUGUUGUUGUUUGUGUUUUUUUGUUUUUUUUGUUGCAGUUCAGUGUUUCUGUUGUUCCAUUGUUUUCCUCUUAUAGUUGAUGUGUUUCCCUCGGUUUUAGUUUGUAACCCGGAUUUGUUUUCUCUUAAUCGAUUUAUGACUUUUGAAAAGCGGUAUACUACUGUUGCCUUUAUUUCGCAUAGCAAUAUUUUACAUCAAGCUUCUAUAGCCUUCUGUUCUCGUCAUUUGCCACUUAAGGAGGGAAAUGACAACAUUAAAUUGAAGUUUUGUUUUCAUUUCAACUUGCCUAUAAUUGCUUACAUCCACCUCAUUUGAACUUUGGUGGAUUGUUGUCUCAUUGGCAAUCAUACAAAAUCUCCUUAUUUUUAUAAACUGUAUAAAAUGGUGUUUAGAUCCUAACAACAAUUUAAAAUACUUUGUUUGAGCACUUAUUUUAACAAAACUUAGUUUAACUUUGUAACAUGUUUAGAUCGAUCUGAUUGUGUUUAGAAUCAUGUUUGGCUUCGAAAUUAGUGUUUUUAAAAGUCCUAAAAACUUUUAAUUCUAAAACACAUUAAAAAGUGUUUAUAUUCAAGACAUGUGUACAUUUAAUGUGUUUACUUAGAAAUGUGUUUAGAUAAUAUUAUAAUUCUAGACACGAGUUUUCAUGCAUGUCAAGUAGAUGAUCGCUGGAAAAUAAAACUUACUUUAAGUUAUAGAAAAAAAAAAAACGAUUCCUAAUUAACCACUACAAAAUUGUGUUCUUACUUCCACAUUACAAUCUACCGAAUGCAAUUCCUGGCCUUUUUAAUCUUCAUGCACAAUUCAAUAAAAUUGCAAUACGGUUACAUCGGAUAUAGAUUUUCCAGAUAUAAGAGAGCAAAAAAAGUUAAGUGUAAUAGAUAUUUUUUGUCUCGCCUCUACGAAGUAAUAAAGGUGUGCUGUUUCCGGUGGCGUUGGCGGGGUCAACAUUUAAAAAAAAAUUAAUAAUUUAACUUUUUAGGCUAUUAAAUAAAAAUUUCGGAGUAACUAUCACAAAUUUAUG